AUGUCUGGCAAAGUUCAACCGUCCAAGGAGGAAAUCGAGCAGGAGCUCGCCAAGUUCAAACAAACGCCGACUGCUGACCUCCAGGAGAGUGUCUAUGUGCACGAUGUGUACAACAGCAUAGCGCAGCACUUCUCGCAAACCAGGUACAAGCCGUGGCCGAUGGUGGCCAGUUUUCUUGGGUCUUUGACGGACUACUCCAUCGGCGUGGACGUGGGUUGUGGUAACGGGAAGUACCUGACGGUGAACCCGAAACUGUGGAUCGUUGGCUCGGACUACUCGACAGGACUGCUGGACCAGGCUGCCAAGUUACACCAGAAAGAGCUCAACGAUUUGGUGGUAGCAGAUGGUAUGUUGUUACCGCACGAAACGGGCCGCUUUGACUUUGCCGUGUCGAUUGCGGUGAUCCACCAUUUUAGCACAAACGAAAGACGUGUUGCUGCAAUCAAGGAGAUCCUCAGAGUGCUGAAAAAAGGUGGACAAGCAUUGGUUUACUGCUGGGCUCUGGAACAGGAAAAGUCCCGCAGAGGCUACAAAGAAGGCAUGGAACAAGACGUGCUGGUGCCGUGGGUGGCUAAAGACGGAGAAACCAGAAUGAGAUAUUAUCAUUUAUAUAAACGGGGAGAGUUGGAAGAAGACUGCAAGGCUGCCGGUGGAAUUAUCAGCAAGAGCGGAUAUGAGAAGGAUAAUUGGUGGGUGGUUGUCGAACGGGUGUAG